AUGGCUUCCUUUUCAUCUUCAAUGAAAUCAUACUUAAGCACGAGUUCAAGCUUUGAUGAGCACCAAUGGGUCAUUCAAAUACGCCUAGCUCUCGAUGAAGAGCUUGAAGAAAAUAUCUAUGAAAUCCCAGUCAGCAUCUUCAAUGUCCCAAGGACCCUAAUGGCCAGCAACCCAGAUUCUUACACCCCACAAGAAGUUGCAAUAGGCCCUUACCAUUAUUGGAGUCCCGAGCUUUAUGAAAUGCAGAAAUAUAAGCUCGCAGCAGCACAGACAAUCCAGAAACAGCUUCAAAACCUCAAGUUUCAACAUGUUGUUGAAAAGAUGAUAAAGCAUGGCCCUAGGAUUCGAGCUUAUUACCACAAGUACCUCGAUUUCAAUGACGAAACAUUAGCUUGGAUGAUGGCUGUUGAUGCUUCGUUCUUGCUUGAGUUCCUUCAAAUCUUUGCGUUCAAACAAGGUAAGGAACUAACUAGAGUCUCAUCAAGAAUGUCACAUUUGGUUGAUGUUGCAGGAAGAAAGUCUGCAUAUAAUGCUAUUCUCAGAGAUAUAGUGAUGCUAGAGAAUCAAAUUCCAUUAUUUGUACUGAGAAAGAUGUUAAAAAUUCAAUUUUCAUCAAUGGAAUUAGCGGACAACAUGCUGGUUGCAAUGUUAAUGGGUUUGUGUAAUGAGCUUUCUCCAUUCAAAUUCAUGGAAGAAGAACACCCAAAUCUUCAAAUUUCAAAGCGUGCUCAUUUGCUUGAUGUUUUGUACCAUGUAUUCAUACCGGAAUUCGAGGAACCAACGGAAAUAACUGAAGCCGAGGAAGAUAGAGAAAAGGAAGGUGAAGGUGAAGGGAAAAGUGAAGGAAACUCUUUGGGGGAGUCAAGUCACAUUAAACAAUGCUUUGGUGAGGUUUGGAAGUUUAUUUCCAAAUUAGAUCCUGGCAUAGUACGUUCCAUCAAGAGAUUAUUAUUUUCAAGACCUAUUAAAGUCGUAUUAAAAUUGCCAUGGACAAUCGUUUCUAAGCUUCCUGGAUUCAAAGUCUUGAAACUAGUUUCUGAAUAUUUCUGCUUCCCACAUAAUAAAGAAAACAUUAAGCCAAAAAAUGAGAAUUCUAAUGACAAACCCCCGUUGGUUGAGGAGAUUUCAAUCCCUUCUGUCACAGAACUCUCUGAUGCUGGUGUGAAAUUUUCAUCCACUGACGGUGGCACUUCAAAUUUUGGGUUUGAUUGUAAGACGGUUACAUUAUACCUACCCACCAUUAGUUUAGAUGUAAACACAGAAGUGAUCUUGAGGAACUUGGUUGCUUAUGAAACCUGCAAUGCAUCUGGGCCUUUGGUUUUGACUCGUUACACUGAAUUAAUGAAUGGGAUUAUUGAUACGGCGGAGGAUGCCAAGUUGCUGAGAGAAAGAGGGAUUAUAGUGAACCGAUUGAAGAAUGAUGAAGAGGUGGCCAACCUGUGGAAUGGAAUGAGUAAAUCUGUAAAAUUGACAAAAGUGCCAUUCUUGGACAAAGUGAUCCAAGAUGUGAACAAGUAUCAUGACAGUAGAUGGAAGGUUAAAGCUGGGAAACUCAUAAAGGCGUAUGUUUUUAGGUCAUGGCAGUUUCUCUCAUUGCUUGCUGCUAUUCUCCUACUGUUAUUGGUGACUAUCCAAACGUUUUGCUCGGUUUAUAAUUGUUCUCGAAUCAUUCAUGUCCCAAAUCUUCAGUGA